CCAAUCCAUUCUGCCUUUUUCAGGUACUGCAUUGACUUUCAGGUAUAUGGGAAGUCACUGUGGCCCACAGCAACCAGUAGGAAAAAAUAUAAAUUCAAUAUGGCACCCAUUUUAGAUUGGAAGAAGCUUAUGAAAGUAGAUCCAGAUGCUCUGCCUCGUCAAGAGGAACUAGCAGACAGAUUGCUGGAGACUGUGUCCAAGGUUGAUGGGAAAGACUUAAAAACUGAAACUCCGGAACAACUGAUACACCUUUUUAAAAUUACUCAGUCACUAAUGAAGAUGAAAGCUCAAGAGGUAGAGCUGGCACUAGAAGAAGUUGAAAAAGCUGGGGAAGAGCAAGCCAAAUGUGAAAAUCAAUUUAAAACAAAGGUGAUGAAACUUCAAAAUGAAUUAGAGAUGGCACAAAGAUCUGCUGGUGGUCGUGAUACUCGGUUUUUGCGUGAUGAGAUCCGCCGACUGGAAAAGCAAUUAGAACAAAAAGAAAGACAGUUAGCAGAUACAGAAAAAGAACUGGAAAAAGAGAAGAAAGUGAAUGAGCAGCUUGCUCUUCGAAAUGAAGAUGCCGAAAAUGAAAACAUCAAAUUAAGGAGAGAGAAUGAACAAUUGCGUCAGGAUGUAGUUGACUAUCAGAGGCAAAUAGAUUCUCAAAAAGAAACAAAUCUGUUACGAAGAGGCGAGGAUUCUGAUUACAGAUCACAGUUGUCCAAAAAGAACUUUGAGCUUGUCCAGUAUUUGGAUGAAAUUCAGAAUUUGACUGAAGCUAAUGAGAAGUUAGACAUUCAAAACCAAGAAAUGAGGAAGAAUCUUGAGGAAUCAGUGCAAGAAAUGGAGAAGAUGACUGAUGAAUAUAACAGAAUGAAACUAAUUGUGCAACAAUCUGAUAUGGUUAUGGAUCAGUUAAGAAAAGAGAAAGAACAGUACAAAUUUCAAGUUCAGGAGCUUUCAGACCAGCUGAAAGCAAAGAACGAAGAGGAUGAUCCACUCAUGGCAGCUGUAAAUGCAAAAGUGGAAGAAUGGAAGAAAAUCUUAGCUUCAAAAGAUGAUGAACUCCUAGAGUAUCAGCAAAUGUUGUUUAACUUGAAAGAGAAAAUGAAAAUGGCCCAACUUGAUGUAGACAGAAACAGCAUAAUGGCCCUUCAGCAGGGUGUGCAAGAGCGAGAUGCUCAGAUAAGAUUGCUUACUGAGCAAGUUGAACAGUAUACCAAAGAAAUGGAACAAAAUGCAUUUGUUAUUGAGGAAUUAAAAAAUGAUCUCCAAAAAGAUAAAGGUCACUCAUCUCUUGCUCAGCAGAAUCGUAUUGGGGAUAUGCAAGAAAAGUUAAAAAUGCUAGAAGAGAGAACUAAGGAGGCUGAGAAAUCAGCAGAAUUAGCAGAAGCAGAUGCUAGAGAAAAGGACAAAGAGCUUAUUGAGGCUCUAAAACGAAUGAGAGACUAUGAACUGGGAAUAUAUGGUUUGGAAGAGGCUGUUGCUGAAAUAAAAGAUUUAAAAAAGCAAAUCAAAAUACGCGAUCAUGAGAUUGAAACAUUAAUUAAGGAAGUCAAUAAACUUGAACUUAAAAUAAAUGAUUUUCUUGAUGAAAAUGAAGAACUUAGAGAGCGCUUAGGUCUUGAGCCAAAGACAAUGAUUGAUUUAAAUGAAUUCAGAAACAGCAAAGCACUGAAGCAGCAGCAAUAUAGAGCUGAAAACCAGAUUCUUUUGCAAGAGAUUGAAAGACUAGAAGAGGAAAGGAUUGAACUGAAAAAACAGGUUCGUAAGUUGGCUCAGGAGAAAGGAAGAAGAGUUGCAACAAUAGGAUUGGAAGCUGGUGAUGUGCAGGUAACUGAUAGCUUUACUGAAGAGAAGGGAAUGAAUACGAGGAAGUUGGAUUUUUUGAACAGACAUGAUAUUGCUGAAGUAAAAGCAAAGGCUAGCAGCUUGUGUAACGUGGAAGGGAGAAACACACUUGCAGAUAGAGAAGCACCAGUUAGACUUUUGAAGUCAGAGAAAGAUAUAUCUGAAAACACUAAGGCUGUGGGAAAUCUACCUAGAAGAUCUGCUGGCAUCCUUGAGAAUUUAGAUCACUUGGAAAAAAAUAGAAAUACUUCUUCCAUUCGUUUAGUUUCAAAACAUGUGACAGAGUGGCAACUAGUUGAUGACAACUAUAAUUCUGAAACUCUUAGUAUAAAAGAGCUUUUCGUAUCACCAGAACUACAAUUUACACAGGCAUCAGGGAUAACAGAUUAUACAGACAAUAGAGAGAUAUCAAAAGACUUAAAAUCAGACCACACAGGUUCGUUUUCUGCUUAUCAGAGAAUGUGUCAGACCUCUGAGGUAAAUAACCAGAAUUACAGAAACAAACCAUCUUUUCAGAAUCGAGUGUCCAUAACUUCUAAUUCAGACCAAACAGGUCAGGAAAAUUUUUGCUCAGGACUAUAUCUCAGCAAAAACUCUCUGAUUCCAUGUGCAUCUGCUCUUGGAAAGCCAGUAACGCACAAAACACAAAUAAUGACAUUGAUGGAUAAGCAAGACUGUUCGCAAGUAAAGUUUUCUGAUUUAACUACCUUUCAAGAACACAGAGAAGGAAAGGAAUGCCUAACAGAAUUGUUGCAAGUAAAAACUUUGGGAAGUGGACUUGAAAAUGGACAAUCAGAACACUCAGGUCAGGUAGAUCCUGUUGAAAAUCUCAUAGAGCAAUUGAGGAGAGAAUUAGCCCUUCUUAGAUCACAGAAUGAGUAUCUUGCAAAUGAAUUAAGUGUGAGAGAGAGAGAUUUGGAGAAGAACAGGACUGUAAUAGCCAAAUUUCAAUCUAAAUUAAAAGAAUUAUCAGAAGAGAAUAAACAACUUGAACAAGGAAUGAAAGAAAUAUUGCAAGCUGUCAAGGAAAUGCAGAAGGAUCCUAGUGUGAAGGGAGGAGAAACAGCCUUGAUAAUCCCUAGUCUGGAUCGUUUAGUUAAUGCAAUGGAGUCAAAGAAUUCAGAGGGAAUCUUUGAUGCUAGUGUGCACUUGAAAGCUCAGGUUGACCAGCUUACAGGACGAAAUGAAGAAUUAAGAAAGGAACUUAAACAGACUCAGAAGGAGGCAACAAAUUUCUCAAAUCAGCUGGCAAAUGCAAAUGAAAAGAUUGCACAACUGAAAAAUGAAAUUUCCUUAUUACGUCAGUCAGAAGAUGCCAAUAUUGUCUUCCGAACAGUGAAUCUUCCAGAAGGAAUGACUCCUUCAAGUGUUAAUAUGAUUAAUUCUCUGAAUGAAUAUUUAAUACGUCUUAUACAGGAACUGGAAAAUAAAGAAGAGUUACUUAAACAACUAGAAGAUGCAGUAGAGGACUACAAGCGAAAAUUUGCAGUAAUUCGUCAUCAGCAAGGCUUGCUGUAUAAAGAAUAUCAAAGUCAAAAGGAAAGCUGGCAGAAAGAAUCAGAAGGUAUGAAAGAGGAAAAGAAAAAGCUAGAAGAGCAAAAAGAACAGGAUGCUACAAAAAUAAAGGCAUAUUCUAAUUUACUCAGUGCACUUCAGCUGGAUCCUGAUGAAACAAAAAAAGUACUUGCAGAAAAUAAUAGAAAAAUAACUGUUUUACGAGUUAAUGAAAGGUCACUAACAAGGCAGUAUACCACUUUGCUUGAAACGGAACGGCAUCUUAGAAAAGAAAAUGAGAAACUGAAGGGUGAAAUAACACAUAUGGAGACUGCAGUUGUAGGGAAGAUUGGAAACUUGCAACGAUUCAAGGAGAUGGCUAGCUUUAAGAUUGCAGCUCUGCAAAAAGCGUUGGAUGGUAGUGUGCCGUUGUCUGAGCUAGAACUGGCUAAUAAGCAGUAUAACGCAUUAACUGCUAAAUACAGAGAUAUGUUACAAAAAGAUAACUUGCUCGUCCAACGGACAACAAACAUGGAACACAUGGAGCGUGAGAAUGAAUCCUUGAAAGCACAGAUAAAUUUAUUGAAUAAGGAACUGGAGAUCACAAAAGAGAAACUUCACACUGUGGAACAGGCUUGGGAACAGAUGACUAAACUGGGGGAUGACAAUGCCAUGGACAAGGCCACAAAAGCAAUAACCAACAGUGAGAUUUUGUCCAUUUCUAAGAAAAUCACAAUGUUGGAAAUGAAGGAACUAAAUGAAAGACAGAGAGCAGAACAUUCUCAACGAAUGUAUGAACAUUUAAGGAACACUGUAAAGCAAAUAGAAGAACGUAAUUUUGAAUUGGAAACAAAAUUUGCUGAGCUCACCAAAAUCAACCUUGAGGCACAGAAAGUGGAACAGGAAUUAAGAGAUGAACUGUCAAAGAGUGUAACUAAGGCAGUAAGUGAUGCAGAUAGACGACAAAUCAUGGACCUAGAGAAGCGUGAGAUGGAGCUCAAGACUGAAGUAUCAAAGUUAAGAGAACUGUCUGAUGUAGCAAAAAUGCAAGUUGAAGCUCUGGAGGCACGCCAGCAAUACAGAGAUAAAGAAGUAGAAUCUCUUAGAACGCAAAUUUUAGACUAUCAGGCACAGUCAGAUGAAAAAGCAGUUAUUGCAAAACUGCAUCAACAUAUCAUAGCCCUUCAAGGUAGUGAAUCUGCUGCUAUAGGCAAAUUGGAGGCACUUAAAUUGAAACUACAGAAGAUGGAGAUCCAUAAUCUGCGUUUAGAGCAGAAGCUUGACGAGAGAGAGCAAGCCUUAUAUUUUGCCCGACUGGAAGGGAGAAAUAGAGCCAAACAUCUACAACAGACAAUUCAGUCUCUGAGGCGACAGUUUAGUGGUGCUCUGCCUUUAGCGCAGCAAGAAAAAUUCUCUAAAACAAUGAUUCAGCUACAGAAUGACAAACUGAAGAUCCUGGAAGAAGUUCAGCAUGCCCAGCAGGAGCGUCGAAAUGCAGAAAACAGAGCAUUAGAGAUGGACUUAAAACUGAAAAGUUUAGAAGAAUUAGUAAGUGCACUGAAGGAUACAAGAGGAGCUCAAAAGGUAAUUGAAUGGCAUAUGAAGAUGGAGGAACUCCAUCUGCAGGAACUUAAACUCAAUCGAGAGUUAGUCAAGCAAAAGGAAGAGGUGAAGUAUUUGCAUAAUAUAAUUUCUGAAUACGAACGUACAAUCAAUAAUCUGGAAGAAGAAAUUGUACAGCAAAACAAGUUUCAUGAAGAAAGGCAAAUUGCUUGGGACCAGAGGGAAGUAGAACUGCAGUGCCAGUUAGACCUGUAUGAUCAUCAACAAAAUGAAAUACUUAGUACAGCUCUAAAGUUAGAAGAGGCUACAGGAUCAGUUCCAGACCCUAGUUUGCCACUCCCACAACAACUUGAGUUGGCUUUGGGAAAGAUUCAGGAGCAUAUUCGAACAAUCCUAGAAACUAGGGCAACCUGCAAAUCACUGGAGGAGAAAUUAAAAGAAAAGGAAAUGGCUCUGUGGAAAGCUGAACAAAAUGUUUUAUCAAGAGACAAAGUUAUAAAUGAACUAAGACUUCGAUUACCUGCAACAUCAGAAAGAGAGAAAAUAAUGGCUGAAUUAGGCAAACAAGAAGGUGAUCCAGAGUACCAUCGUGCCAUAAAAAUUGCUCAUCAAACCAUUGCAAACAUGCAAGCAAGAUUAAAUCAAAAGGAAGAAGUGUUAAGAAAAUACCAACGUUUGCUUGCUAAAGCGAGAGAGGAACAAGAGGAAAUAGCAAAGAAGCAUGAGGAAGACCUUAGAGUUCUACACCAGAAGUUAAAUUUGCAUACUGACAAUUCCCUUAAUAAAUUCAAGCAGACUGCUUUGGAGUUAAUGAAAAAGACUUCUUUAUCGCUUUCCAACAACAAACAUUUUCUCCGCUUAGCUGAAAUGGAGCAAACUGUAGCAGAACAGGACAAUUCUCUUGCUUCACUUGUUGGAAAGUUAAAGAAAACAUCAUCUGAUUUGGAGAAACAAAAACAAAUUACUUUAAUGAAAAUUGAAGAGUUUGAGACUAUCAGAGCCCAGAUUCAGAAAAAACACACCGUUGAUGUGGAACAGCUAAAAGAUGAAGCAGACGAAUUGAGGAAAAUACUGUCUCAGAUGGAGAAGGAAUUAGCAAAUGUAAAAGCUGAACUAGAGGUCCAAAAAGAAGCAAACAAUAGAGCACCCACAGCAACACUGAAGAACUUGGUGGAACAGCUGAAGAGCCAGUUAGCCAUGAAAGAGAAGCAGCAGAAAGCUUUGAGUAAAGCACUUCUGGAACUCCGAGCAGAAAUGACUGCUAAUGCUGAACAGCAGAUUAUUUCUGCUGCAUCACAAAAAGAGGCAUAUAUGAAUGUCCAGGAGAUUGUUGACAGACAAACAAAGGGGCUUACGGCACAGAUAGAGGAAUUAAAUAAUCAGAUUACAAAACUUACAGAUAACCUUAAAAUAAGUAAAACCAGGGAAAGUUCUUUGUCUGAUGAAAGGGAUGAGUUGAACCAAGAACUUCAGAGGAAACAAAAAGCAUUUGCUAAAAUGUUGAGAGAAAAAAAUGAAAUGGAAAAAGAAAAUGAAGAACUGAAGAAACGGAUUAGGAGGCUAAACAGUAGCAUUCAGAGCAAAUCUGAUGAACAAAAUCUGAUAGAUGCACUUCAGAAAAAAAAUAAAAAGUUGGAAAGUGAACUUGAGAAGAAGUGUGAAGAAACAGAAAAAAAAGGGGUAAGGGAAGACACGACCUCCAAAGAAGAAAUAAUUAGAUGGGAAGAAGGUAAAAAAUGGCAAAUCAGAAUGGAAGGACUGCGGAACAAACUAAGGCAAAAGGAAAAAGAAGCAGAUGCUUUAGCCAAACAGUUGAAUACAUUGAAGGAAAUUUAUACCAAGUCUGAAAAAGAGAAAAUUGCUCUACAGAAGAAACUGAAAACUACUGGUGUCACUGUUGACCGUGUUGUUGGAGUAAGAGCCUCAGAGACUGAAAAAGAACUGGAAGAACUAAGAAAACGGAAUCUAGAUUUAGAAAAUGAAGUUGCCCACAUGAGAACACAGCAAGCAAUCCCGCGAGAUUCUGUGGUAGAAGAAUUGCAUUUCAAAAAUCAGUACCUCCAGGAAAAGCUUCAUGCAUUGCAGAGACAGUGUUCAAGAGAGACAUAUUCUAGACCUUCGAGUACAUGUGACCAAACUGAACUGACCAAGUCUGUUCCUAUCAGUAUCAGUAAGCAAAAGUAUUUGAAUUCCCUUCAAAAGAAAUCUGUUUCAAAUAGGGAUGAGAUCAAUCAUCAGACUAAUCACAGCAUUACUGAUGGCAAUGAAAUAGAUGAGGAAGCAAACAUGCAAAGAUGCAUCAUGCAUAAUGAAGGCCAUGAGGCUAUUGCGCAUGCAAGUACAGAAGCAUCUCCUGAACAGCAUCCUGAAGAUAGUGAGAAAUGCAAGGACAAAGGUAGUUCUAGGGAAGGACUGAAAAACAAAAAUAUAGCUGAAGCUGGUGAAGAGAACUGCAGUGAAAAAGAAGAAAAUAUAAACCAAUCUGAAAAUGAAAAAUUUAAUGAGGAAUUUGAAGAAGAGGAGAGGAAGCAAGAAAUACUAAAGCAAUCAAAUGUUGAUGAGGAAGAAAGUGUAGAAGAGCCUUGUACUGACAGAAUGAGCUGCAAUCAGUCUGAUUCAGGGGAACCUUCUAAUCAAACUAAUGACUAUGAAGCAGAAAAAAUAAAUGGGAAUAAUGAAAUGAAUCAACACACUCCAGAGGAUAAACAUGAAACUUGCCAAAGUGGUACAGAGGGGGUGGAAACAACCCCAGAAUUUUGUGAAAUGCCCGAGACUUCAGGAAUAGGAUCAGGUGAUCAAUAUCGAAGAGAACAAGAGGUUUUAAAGGAAAAUUUAAGAUUGUCAUCUGAAAACAUUGAGCUACGAUUCCAGCUAGAACAGGCCAAUAAAGAUUUGCCAAGACUGAAGGACCAAGUAGGUGACUUAAAAGAAAUGUGUGAACUUCUCAAAAAAGAGAAAACAGAUGUUGAACGAAAGCUGAGCAGUAUCAGAGGGGCUGGUAGAAGUGGAAAGACAGUCCCAGAAUUGGAAAAAACAAUUGGUUUGAUGAAAAAGGUUGUAGAGAGAGUCCAAAGAGAAAAUGAAGAUCUGAAAAAAGCUCCAGCUGUGGUUUCUAAUGAGAAAUUACUUGGUCUUGAGCAGGAAAACGAGAAGCUAAAGUCUGAAAUGGAAAAAAUGAAACUUCAUCUGGGGGGCCAGCUGAGUAUGCAUUAUGAGUCUAAAACCAAAGGAAUGGAAAAAGUCAUUACUGAAAACGACAGGCUGCGUAAAGAACUGAAAAAGGAAGCUGACAGUGGAGAGAAGCUAAGAAUAGCAAAGAAUAACUUGGAGAUACUAAAUGAGAAGUUAACGGUACAGCUGGAGGAAACCACUAAGAGGCUAAAUUUGGCUGAGAGCCAAUUUGAUGGAGCGGACAGCAAAAGCUGGAAAUCUGUUGUAACAAGGAUGCACGAAACUAAGAUGAAGGAAAUGGAAAUGGAUAUUGCUAAGAAAACCCAAAGCAUUACUGACCUUAAACGGCUGCUUCAGGAAGCAACAGAACGUGAACACAAUGCCAAUAAAAACGUACAAGAUCUAAAAGAACAAAUUGAGCUUCUCAAACAGUUCCCUGAAGGUGCAAGGACAGAGCAAAGCCUCAUCAGGGAGCUGCAGCUUUUAAGAUUAACUAAUAAUCGAUUAGAGAAAGAAAAAGCAGAACUAGCUCAUGAGGUGGAGGAUUAUAAGCACCACAUACAUACACGUACAAGUGAAAGUCCUGCAGCCGGACAUAAUGAAAUCGUAGAGAAGGAUAAAAAUAAGUUAAUGACAGAAGUAGCUGACCUCCAGACACAGUUGAAAGCCUCAGAGCUGGAAAAACAGCAAUUAAAGGAAGAAACAAAAAAGCUGAGAAGAGAACUAGAAAACUUUGACCCUUCCUUUUUUGAAGAAAUUGAGGAUCUGAAAUAUAACUACAAUGAAGAAGUAAAAAAAAAUAUUAUCUUAGAAGAGAGAUUAAAGCAGCUUUCUGAAGAGUUUGGCAUUCAAGGGGAUAGUCCAGGCAACGUUUCUGUUGAUUAGGCUAAUGUUUAGUAUCUGCAGUAUUGAUGCAGAAAAUAAAUUCCAGGGCAGCUACAUAAUACUGAUUUAUUUGUCUGUUUUC